UCGGCCAUCCCUCGGACGCUGCCGCCUUGUCGUGACUCGUGUUCGUGCCAUCGUGCCUCUUGCUAUGAAUCGCCGCGGGAUCUUCUCCGACCCGCUAGUUCUCUCCGCUCUUAGCUGGCGCGAGAUUGAAGACGCCUAUUUAUUACUAGAAGAACCUCCGAACCGCCGUUUCAAGUCCGAGCGCGGUUUGUUGAACGUAGACCGUCUAGACGAUGAAAUGUUUAGAAGUAUGUUCAGGUUCAGGAAGGAGCACAUCGGAGAGCUUCAGCGUGCUCUUUUGAUGCCGGAGACGAUCACGUCGGCGCAAGGUGUCCAAAUGGACGGAGAGGAAGCCUUGUACGUGACACUACGCCGUUUGGCUUACCCAAACCGAUGGAUCGACCUUGAAGGGGUCUUCGGCCGUCAUUCGAGCGUGCUCUCAAGCGUCGCCUCGAAGGUCAUGCUUCACAUCAACAACACCUUCGGGCACCUGCUGGACGAUCUAAACAUCCACAACUGGCUCGACGUGGCAAAGUUGGAGCAGAUGUCUCGGGCGGUCCAUGCAAAAGGAGCGCCCCUGACGAACUGUUGGGGAUUCAUUGAUGGCACGGCACGCGCCAUCUGCCGCCCCUCAGAGUCCCAGGAGGAGUAUUUCUCUGGGCACAAGCGCCACCAUGUGGUAAAAUACCAAUCAGUUAUGUGUGCAAACGGAAUCAUUUGCGAGCUUGACGGACCAUACAAGGGACGUCGACAUGACUCCGGUAUGCUGCGAGAGAGCCAGCUGUACGACAAAUUGUUGCAGUUGGUGGAUGGCCACUCAUAUGUGCUAUAUGGUGACCCGGCCUAUCCCUUGAGGCCACUUCUGCUCAAGCCUUAUGGCUCAAAGGCGACCCCAGCACAAGUGGAAUUUAACAAAGCGAUGAGUACCGUAAGGCAAGCCGUCGAAUGGGGGUUCGGCAAGGUUGUUGCCGAGUUUGCCUUUGUUGAUUUUAAAAAGAAUCAAAAGAUCCGCAAGCAAAAAGUGGCUCUCAUGUACAGGGUGGCUGUCCUUCUGUCAAACUGCCACACCUGUAUCUACGGAAGCCAGAUCACUAGCUUUUUUGAUCUGGAUCCUCCGACACUGAUAGAAUACCUCCAGCCCAUGUCUAGGUAAUAGCUUUUUUGGUUUGAUUUUAUGUGGCAUGAAAGGCUGGCAAAUUGCCGAUACUUAAAAAUGACAGAGUGCCUUUUAAAAAAGCCUCACAUUUCUUACAAGUGCAGAACCCAGGGAUCCUGGGU